UGGAAAUCCAGCGACAAGCAGCUGAUGCUUCAGUGAAUCUCACACACACACAGCCAUAAUAACCAGCAGCCAUCAACAUCAUCGACAGAGAAGCAUUGCCAAGACAAUCGGCAGGAAAACCAAAAUGGUUAAACUGGGCAGUAACCUGGUAGAGAAGGUGGAGAGACAGCCGUCAGUGGAGGACGGUUUCGACAACAUCCCCCUCAUCACUCCACUGGAGGUCAGCCAGUUACAGCAGCCUUUCCCUGACAAGGUGAUCGUGAAAACCACGACAGAGUAUCAGCUGAAGGAGAAGAAGAGGAAGCUGUAUGUGCCGAGCAUCAAGAAGCUAAACAUAAACCUUUAUGAUGAGAUGUCAGAGAAGGUCAAGCUGACUGGGCUGAUUGUUAUCACCUUGGCUUUCUUGGCUUGCCUGCUGCUGUUGGUCAUGUAUAAAGCACUGUGGUACGACCAGCUUGGCUGCCCAGAAGGCUUCAUCCUCCAGCACAGGCACUGCACACCGACAGCUCUAGAGAUGUACUACCCUGAGCAGGAUUCCAGGGGCAGCCUCUACACCGCAAUGACCCACCUCAACCAGGCCAAGAGGAACAUCCCAGAGCUGUCUUCACCAUGGCUACCGGUCAUCAACGCUCUGAAGGAGGCCCAGAGGGCCAAAGAGGAGGCAAACCACUCGUAAAGAUAAUUGGAGACAAGAGGAGGUGGGGCGUGAUGUUUGGUGUGGUAGUUUACACUGUAUGUAAGGUAUGUGAGGACUCAAUCCUAAAGAAUUGAUGUUGAAGUAGUUCUGAAAGGGAUUACUGCUUAUAUGUGUUUAUUGUUUGUUUAAGACAGACAAAAUUCCUUGAAUAUGACUGGAAUAACUAAUAAGUUUUACUGUGACUCACAUAAUGUCUUUGCAGUGAUCUUUUUAGACGUCCGUGGAAGUUUCUAGGUUUGGAAUCUACUGCGUAGGCAUUCUGCAAUACAAAUGCUUUCAGCCUCUCAGAAAUCUCAUGAUGCUCAAUAUCAUUUUAGAAGAAAUGUAGAAUUUCAAAGCUUGUUCUUAAAGCGUUUUAAAUCUCACCACACCAUGUUUUGAUGGUACAUCUGACUGUGGCAUUGUAGGUUUAGUUGUGCUGCUUGUAAUUCUUGCAACGUUUGCUAAGCGUUGUUUCUCGAUUAUGGUUUAAUUUGAAGUAAUUGGGCGCAGUGGAACGGAUUGUGCAUUGGCUGUUAAUUGCGCUCUAAUUAAUUUCAAUGCGACAGAGUUGAUUUGCGAGACAAAAGCAUUCCAAAAAAAUCGGAUUGUUUUCUCCAAGCACCUCUGAAAUUCUGAAUGUUGUCUUUAAGCAAUGUCUCUUUGAUUUAAAAGUAAAAAAACGACUACAACCCUGGAGCUUUUUUGUACAUUAUACUAAAGAAAAAAAAUGAAAAUCUGACUGACGUUAAAAUUGUAAGGAAGAAAUAACUCGACUUUAUACACAUUUGCAUGUUUAACUUAUUCCCACAAAACUGCAACCCAUCUUAGAAUUGAAACUAAAGCUUAAGAUUUUAAAAUCAAGUUGUUGAAUGUAAACUGGAUUAUCUAUUUUUAGAUUUUAGUUGAAAGUAUCAGUGUUUUGUUCGUGUGUUGAAACAUUUACACAGAGCACCAGCAGCCAUUUAAGUGUGUAAUUAAUGUUGUGAAUUAUUCUUUAAAAAGUUCAAGAAUGUGAUAAAACGCCUCAUGCAGGCGGGUGACCUUUUGUGUACAUUAAGCACACCUUCAGCAAAUGAGUCGAUGCUGUUCUGAAUGUAUAAACUGACAAUAGCUGUUUAAAACGUGUUUCCCCCUUUAGUUACUGGUUUGUUGUAUUCAUUUAACAUGCUCUGUAUUUAUCUAUUGUGAUAUGUCAACUUUUUAAUUUUCAUUGGUUUCCAGUUGCUAUAUAUAUAUGUAAAGUUAUAAAGUAUUUAUGUAUGUAUGUACCUUUUUUUAAUUUAUUUUUUAUUAUUAUUCAUGCUUUAGUUUACUGGUACAAGAAGGAUGUAAGCAAGGUUCUUGUUAUCAUAAAGCCUAAAGUAUUAGUCAUUUCUGUGUGUGACAAACUUCGAUCUAUCCUCAGUGGAUAAUAAGAAUAAAGGUGUCAGU